UCAGCGGCUGCCCAGGCCUUGUGACAGGGUCAGUGAGCAGCCGCAGGAGCACGGGCCGCUGACGCCCCAUCCACGGGCAUGGCUCUCAGCAGCCGCCCGCGGAGGGUGGGGGUGGUAGGCUACGGCCGCCUCGGACAAUCACUCGUCUCCCACCUGCUGGCUCAGGGCCCAGAACUGGGCCUGGAACUUGUCUUUGUCUGGAAUCGGGACCCAGGACGAAUGGCAGACACUGUGCCCCCAUCUCUGCAGCUCCGGAGCCUCGCUGACCUCAGGGAGAGGCACCCCGAUCUCGUCGUGGAGGUGGCCCACCCCCAAAUAAUUCAGGAUUCUGGGGCACAAAUCCUGCGCCAUGCCAAUCUCCUGGUGGGGUCCCCCUCAGCCCUGGCUGACCAGGCCACAGAGCGGCAGCUCCUGGAGGCCUCCCACCGCUGGGACCAUGCUGUGUUUGUGGCCCGGGGGGCCCUGUGGGGCACCGAGGACAUUGCCAGAUUGGAUGCGGCUGGGGGCCUUCAGAACCUCCGUGUCACCAUGGCCACACACCCUGAUGGCUUCCGGCUCGAGGGACCCCUGGCCGCAGCCCAAAGGCCUGGCUCUCGCACGGUGCUCUAUGAAGGGCCCGUCCGCGGGCUAUGCCCCUUGGCCCCCCGUAACUCCAACACCAUGGCAGCCGCUGCCCUGGCUGCCCCCAACCUGGGCUUCGACCGCGUAAUCGGGGUGCUUGUGGCCGAUCUCAGCUUGACAGACAUGCACGUGGUGGAAGUGGAGCUGAGCGGCCCCCCGGGCCCCACAGGCCGCAGGCUUGCCGUGCACACCCGCAGAGAGAACCCUGCUGAGCCCGGAGCAGUCACCGGCUCCGCCACUGUCACUGCCUUCUGGCGCAGCCUCCUGGGCUGCUGCCAGCUCCCCUCCAGGCCGGGGAUCCAUCUCUGCUGAGUCGCCUCCUCCUUUCCGGGACAUCCUCGUCUCAUUUACCUCCCACCACCACCUUCCCACGCAGCCCUGGCCUCCGUUCCCCCACCCCUCUCUCCUGUCGCAGUAAAGCUCGGAGGCCCCUCCCCCUGCA